CGUCAUAUCCGAGUAGGAAGUACACAGCAUUGUUUAUUUUGAUCUAAUUUAACUACUGCUGUUCGUAAAUCGUGAGCGCAAGUUACUAAACGUGCUGCAAUAUGUCGCAUGAUUUGUGGUCACAGAAUUAUGAUGCGACUUGUCGACUGACUCAAGAAAUUGCAGAAAAUACUCAUGAAAGGAACAGGCAGCAGAGAACGGGGGGAAACCCAGCCAAGCUUAACAUGACCCUAAGAGCAUCAUUACAAAAACUUAAACAGAAUGUAGCACAGCUUAGGGAGAAUUUGAUGCGAGAUUCUGCUCAACGGCACAUAAUGCAAGCUGAAGCAGACAGAAGACAAAACCUUGUUGACGAUCUCUCUACCAGAGAAAAGAGGCUACACGCCUUCUUUAAAGGAGACAUCACAGAAGCAGAGCCAUCAAGGUCAACGCUGAUGACAGGAAAUAGGGCGGGGCCAACAAUGAACCCUUGGGUUGUUAAUGAAACUGAGGAAACCAGAGGACUCAGCUUUGGAGAAAUGAAACAGCAGCAGCAGCAGAUUGUUGAAGCUCAGGAUGCUGGCUUGGAUGCUCUUGCUGCAGUCAUAAGCAGACAAAAACAGAUGGGUCAGGAAAUCGGCAAUGAGCUGGAUGAACAGAAUGAGAUAAUUGAUGACCUCACUCAGCUCGUGGACAAGACAGACAGCCGCAUCAAAAACGAGACAGACAAAGUCAAGUUGGUGGAGACCAAAUCUGCUUCCUGUGGCAUGCUGGUGGUGAUCGUUCUUCUGCUCAUUGCUAUCAUUGUUGUGGCAGUUUGGCCCACGGGGUAAUGAAAAAAUGCUGAAGACACAAAUGCAACAGCUUAUACUGUUUAAAAAGUGUGGGGGGUAAACAAGGGAUAUGCACAGUUUAUAUGGAGUCUGUACACACUUGCUUUCAAAUCCCUCUUUAUUUUCCACUGUUUCAGAUAAUGAUCAAAAACAAAAAAGAUCUUUAAAAUAUUUUGAUAUUUUGAAUUGAACCAUGACCUCGAUUUUGUCAACAGCUGCUUUUUGUGAAUUGUUUUUGUUAUUGUGAAGGUUACAAAUUCUAAUUAAUGCUAUUUAUACAAACUUGUUCUAAACUUGUGUUGCUUUUGUCUGUACUAUACUGUAUCACUAUACUGUACUUACAAUCAAUUUUAAUUAAAUAUUUCUGUCAGUUGUGUUUUCUUAAUGAAUGGAUGACCAAAUACAAAAUAAACAUGUGUGUGCGUUGUGCGUGCAUGUGUGUGUACUGGUUUAGCUAUAUUUGUGAGGGCCAAAUGUCCUCAGUACCACAGUGAAAUACGUGUGAACCCACUUGUGAGGACAUUUUACUGGUCCUCACUAAAUAAAAAGGCUCAUAAUUCGCUCAAAUAGUGUUUUUCUUUAAAUGUAAUAGAGUGCACAUGUUUCUGUGAUUAUUAGGUUAAGGGUUAGGGAUAGGGGAUAGAAUAUAUCAUAAGCCUGAUAUAAAAUCAAUGGAAGUCUAUGUAAU